AUGCUAGUGGUACCGAAAGUUCUUCCACGUUCUAGAAAGACUCUAUUUGUAUUCAUUCUCUUGACUCUUGCUACAAUAAGUGGAUAUGCAUUUGUGAGAUCGUAUCAUAUUAAAGAUGUUGCCUCCAGGGAUGAUAGCCUACCAGCAAAUACGUAUAAUAUACGGAGGACGGAGAAAAGAUUACUUACGGAAUUUGCAUAUGAUGACUCUUCCGUAAUAGAAGGCAAUAUUUGGCAAUUAUGGCCUGUAAGUAACAUAUCAGAUCCGGAAUUCCCAGAAAGCUGUCGGCAGUUAGUCCGUCGAUGGGAAGAAGCAAAUCCAGACUAUAAGUAUCAUUUGAUAUCGAUAGACACGGCAAUGAAAAUGAUCAAAGAUGAGUUUGGAGGAAAAGUUCCAGAAGUGGUUGAAAUUGCUCGAUCCAUGCCUGAUGCAAGACUCAGGUAUGAAUAUCUAAAGUAUGUGCUUACAUUUUUGCAAGGCGGAGUAUAUGCGGAUAUCGAUACAUUAGAUGUGAAGCCAAUCUCCCAUUGGACAAUUCCAUCUGAGAAUAACACCAGACUUACCAUUGGCAUAGUAUCGGACUACAAUCAUGAUAACUGGGAGGACUUUUUCAAUCGGCGAAUGAUAUUUUCCAACAGUCUCUUCGUGGCAAAAAAGCACCAUCCAUUUUUGGCCAAAUUGAUUGCCCACAUUUGCUAUGUUGCCUCAACACAGAAACAACUCAUACAGAACACAAAUUGGACGGCGGUGCUAACCGACUAUGAUGUGAAUGGUGAUCCGACAAUUCAGUUCACAGGACCUUCGAUAUUUUCAGACACAUUUUUCGACUAUUUGAAUGGCGUGGAAGAUUUAGAGGUUAAAGCAAUUGACAAAUUCGAUAAAGAACAACUUUCAAGUAUGGAUAUAAAAGGCCCAGAUAUUUCUGGCCAGGAUAUUGUAUCUUACAGGAAUUUUACAGGGCUGAGUCGGCCGGUUAAAUUGAAUCAUGGCAUUGUGAUUUUGCCCCAAGUAGGAUUUAACGGCUUUGAGAAUUAUCAUGAUGACGAAUAUGAUGACAACGAUGUUUCGGUUGGCUAUGACAGCUUUUUCUAUGCAAGACCCCUCAGCUUGACUGGAUGGAGCCACAGGAAACUGAGAUUUGAUUCUUCGUAG